ACUUCCGGCUACCGUUCGGUGCGGACGCAGAAUGCCUUGCUCCGUUGGGGCGGUGUUUGCGGCUCAGACGAGCCGCGGUAACAGGAAUGCUGCUAUGGAUAGCCAGGACUACCAAGUUAUUUUGCCGCCUCUGCCUACAGGACCAUGCGUGGCCAACACGCUCUUUCUUCACGGAGACGUAAAGGCAAGGCCCUACCGAGUCGAAGAUUUUCGAGACACGCUGGUUCGUCUGGGUCUGCUUCCCGAGGUUGAGGCCUUGGGGGCUUUCCAGAUGAACCACGUGUGGGCGGUUACUUUCAGAAGCCCAGAUGCUAUGAAGAAAAUGCUGGCCCUUGAAGACAUUACGGUUAAGGAGCGUCGCUGCCUGGUGGUUAACCCAGCCAGCCAGGAUGUGCGGCUUAAGCUCCACUGGCUCCUUCACAACGUGCAAGAUGAGGACGUCCGCGCCGCGCUCACGCCUUUUGGGAAGGUUACGGAGGUCUUCAAGGAACGCUGGCGCGUGCAAGGCAUCACCGAUAAAGGUUCGUCAACCCGCAUCGUAUCGAUGAAGCUGAAACCCGGAGUUACCAUAGACGACCUCCCGCAUCAACUUCGGGUCGCCGGCAUCAUGACACUGCUGGUUGCGCCUGGGCGUGCCCCGCUCUGCCUGAGGUGUAAUCGCACAGGUCAUAUUAGGCGAGAGUGUCGCGUACCGCGCUGUGCUUUGUGUCGACGCUUCGGGCACGACGAAAGCUCGUGCGUACGAACGUACGCGAAUGUGGCGGGACCAUCCAAAAGUGAUGAAGUCAUCCAGGAGCACACAAUGGACGCAUUCGAUGCUGAAGAGACGGCUGGAAAAGGUGGCGUGGUGCAACGUCCUGAUCCAAAGGAAGGCAUCCGUGAACCAGCGACGAAAGCGGACACCAAAGAAUUAGAGGAGAAGCCCGCUCGAGCUGAAGAAAAAGAGCAGCACGCGGAAAAUAAUGACAAGAACAAGACAAGCAACGAGCCUCCGGAAUCGCUCGGACCCUCUCCGAGUCCCAUGGACACGACGGAGCCCCUUAAAGGAGCGGGCCCGGUAAAACGUCCACUCGAAGUUAACGAGAAAAAGGACGGAGGAUCAAGUGGAUCAAGCCAUGAGGAACCGCUUGCGAAAACACCGAGUGGCCGUCGGUCGAGCUUCAAGCCGACGCCUAAUAUCCCACCUGGCAGGAAAGGGCCAGCGUCGGGACUGACGUGA